AUGUCUACCGAAACCACCAACGCAGCUAAGGCCCAGUGGAAGCCUCCUCAACAAGGGUCCCCAUGUUGGGUGGAGAUCCCUGCACGGAAUACCGAAAGACUUAAGGCAUUUUACGCUGCCAUCUUUCCGUCCUGGGAAUGGAGACCAGCUGAAUCGGCUGAAGGCCAAAGCAAAGUGCUGCAUUAUAGCUUCGCUGAACCGAAGGGAUUCACAGGAGGCAUAGUCCAGAUGCCGGAGGGUUGCGCUCCAACAGAGCAGAUUAUGGGUAGUGGGAUGACCGUGUACUACUCGGUCGACUCCCUUGACAUGAUAGAGAAGAGAAUUCUUGAACAUGGUGGUAGUACCUGUCUCAGCAAGACAACCGAGAGUUCACAUGGGUGGUUUAUGAACUUCCGUGAUCCUGAAGGGAACCGAUUCGGUUGCUACGAAUUUCAUCGUAGCUAG